UCCUUCACGCAGCAGUUACAGAUCCACAGGAAUUGUGAUGGUGGAUGUGUUAUUUUGUGGAGGAGGAGUGUUGCUAAUCUGAAAGAAAUACUCCUUGUUUUACAAUCAGUUUGUCUAUCUUUAAUCUAGUGAGCCUUAAAUGAGUGGUAGGGCAUGUGAGAAAUUGAGAGGAAUGGCGUGGACCAGACACAAAAGUUCUUACCAGUGUACUCCUCUUUUACUGCCGGAUGUUUCUGUCUGGGAAUGUAGUGUGCCUAGAUUGAGGAGUUCAUUCAGACCUGAGGCUGUGUAGUAGAUUUGGUGCAAUUUUAUCUUUUGAGUUUUUAUUUAAGUUUGUUUAAGUACUUAGUAACUAGUUACACGAAAUAUAUAGCUAAUGAGACAAUGUAUAGAUCUAUAGAGAUGUUUGCUUGGGAAAAUUGAAAGGGAAUCGUAGGAGAGUGUAGUUGUAACAGAAUAGCAUAAUGGAAUGUGGUAAAGCAGCGUCUGGUGUUAAGAAAGGCAAGAAGAAACAGGUGAAGGAUGAUCUAGACCGCAUGAAACAAGCUGAAAAGAAAAAAAGGCGCUUGGAAAAAGCUCUGGCUACAUCUGCAGCCAUUCGCUCCGAGUUGGAAAAGAAGAAGCUGAAGAAGAAAGAAGAACAGGACAGGCUGGAUGAAGAAAGCGCUGCUAUAGCUGAGGCUGUGGCACUGCAAGUCCUACUUGGUGAAGACUCUGAUGAUUCAAGUAAGGGGUUGCUGAAGAAGCACGAAGAGCUGCCAUUCUGGCAUCAUACCAAUGAUCUCAGCAUCUUUAUGGGGGCAGAAGGAAUUCCGUUUGUUCAUUGUCAAGAUUUAUCCAGUUAUUCAAACGAGAAUGUUGCUAGCACUUAUGACGCUCAUCAGUGUGGGCACAUGUGGAGUCUCGGGAGAAAUUCUCAUUUCUUGGAUUCAUCUGAUCUCGGGAGCAGCUUCUAUCCUCGAUAUUGGGGAGAAGAAUAUCUGGCUGCGCAGGCUGUUACUUCUCUUAGCAUAGCUGAUGAGGAUGAGGUAGGCUGUCUUGCUUUCAACCGUAUGUAAGUAUUUCGAAAGGGUAAAUUUUAAAAAUAUGAGUUACUUUCAUUAUAUAAAUCAGGGUGAGUUCACCUGCCUGUAUUCUCCAUAACUUGAUGUUGAAUCUUAUUUUGAUUCUGAUCGUUGAGCCUUUUAUUACUCCA